CGUAAACAUUGAGACUGGGCGCCAACUUUCUCGCGAGAACUCGAGAUCAUUUGAAAACAGGCGGCAGCUCUGCGACGAAUGCAAAGGGCAGUGAAUUUGAAGUCAAUUUUUGAAAACGCACACAGGAUAAAAGAAUGACGGCAGAUACGGAGUUAGAGAUUAAAGAGGCGUUCCAGCUAGCUCAGAAGGGCCACAACAACAAGGCAAAGCUGGUGGCGAGUCUGAAGAGCCGAUACAACAAGCUUGAGGACAAGACCUCGUUCCAUGAAGAGUUUGUCCAUUACCUGAAGCACGCCAUGAUUGUUUACAAACGUGAGCCAACAGUUGAAAAUGUCAUCGAGUUUGUUGCAAGGUUUUCCACCAGUUUCCAGUCUCCUCCAAAAGCAGAAGAGGAUCAGCAGGGGAACAGUGAGGAGGAAGAGGAGGAACCAGAGGACGAUCAUCCAUUCCUGAGUUUCAUCUUCAACUUCCUAUUAGAGUCUCACAAAGCCAAUAGCCACGCAGUGCGUUUCCGAGUGUGUCAGCUGAUCAACAAGUUGCUGGGCAGUAUGGCAGAGAACGCCCAGAUUGAUGAUGACCUCUUUGAUCGCAUCCAUCAAGCCAUGCUGGUCCGCGUCACUGACAAAUUCCCCAAUGUGAGGAUUCAGGCUUCUUUGGCUAUGACUCGUCUGCAGCAACCACGAGAUCCCGACUGCCCCACCAUUAAUGCCUACAUGUUAAUUCUGGACAAUGACUCCAACGCCGAAGUGCGACGUGCCGUCCUGUCCUGCAUUGCAAUGUCACCACGGACUCUCCCAAAAGUACUGAAGCGUACCAGAGACAUCAAAGAGAAUGUCCGCAAGUUAGCUUAUCAGGUAAUAGCAGAAAAGGUUCACAUCAAAGCUCUGACCAUUGCCCAAAGGGUCAGUUUGCUGCAGCAGGGACUCCAGGAUGCUUCAAAAGUGGUGAAGGAGGUGGUUUGCUCUCGCCUCUUGCCUGCUUGGCUGCAGCUGUUGGACGGUAACAUUAUAGAGUUGCUCCACAAGCUGGAUGUUGAAAACUGUGCCCAAACAGCUCUGGACACACUGACGGCCAUCUUCAAUGGACAAACUCCUGAACAACUGCUGCAGGACGGACUGCAGCUGGACUCAAGGAAACUGAUCCCAGUGGAGUCUCUGACCUGUGAGAAUGUGCUUUACUGGAGAGCUUUGUGUGAGUUCUUCAAGAAUAAAGGAGAUGAAGGUGAAGAAAUGCUGGAGCAGGUUUUAGCAGAUGCUGCCACCUACGCUGACUAUCUCCACGGAUACCUGAAGACAGUUCCUGUGCUGUCAGAGGAACACAGGGCCGACUUCAACCAUCUGGAGCUGGUCAUGACCAAGGAGUUUAUCUCUCAGCACCUCAUCCAUCUCAUUGGAUGUCUGGAUACAAAUGAAGAGGGCGGCAGGAAGCGCGUGCUGGCUGUUCUUCAGGAGAUGUUGGCUCUUCCACAGACGCCCUCCUCUUUUGUUUCAUCACUCACUGAGAAACUCCUCAAUCUUGUCCUUGACGACAACAGACGCAUUCAGACUGUGGCAGAAGUCAUCUCAGAUGUCCGGGAGCCCAUCAUGGACACCGUUCAGCCAGUGGAUGAGAACAUGAGUCGGAGGCAGCAGGUCCAGCUCGCUGAGGUAAAGGUGCAAAUCAUGGAGGCCAAACAAACCCUAGAGGACUACAUCACUGCUCAGGACUUCAGUCGUGCUGCAGAACUGAAGGACUCCAUGAUGGAGCUGGAGAACCGCAGGAACCAGAUCCUACAGGAAAUUGCAGAGAGCAAUCAGCCGGCCGACAAAGAAACCCACACUGAGAAGAAUGACCCAGAGACUCUAUUGAGAUGUUUAACAAUGUGUGCUGAGCUGCUGAAGCAGAUGAACAUCAAGACUCGCAUUGGUCCAACCAUAAGUGCCUUAAUGUCCUCACUGGUUCUGCCCAGUAUCGCUAAUGCUCAUCCUGGGGUCCGUAACAUGGCGGUGGUGUGUCUGGGAACAUGUACUCUGCACAGCAAAGAACUGGCUAAAACCCACAUGGUCCUGCUGCUACAGAUUGCACAGCUGGAUGAAGUAAAGAUCCGCAUCAGUGCUCUUCGGGCCAUCGUCGACCUGCUGCUGCUGUUUGGUUUCCAGCUGCUCUCCGAAACGGCAGCCACUCAGACGACUCCGCCCCCUCGGUCACCUGACCGGCAGGAGGAGGACACGACACCUGUGGCCGAGGGGAAGACGGAUGCACCAGAGGACACGGCACAAAGUGUCCUGGUGAUGCUGUAUGAGUUCCUGGACAGUGAGGUAUCUGAGUUGCGGACAGAAACAGCAGAGGGUCUCGCCAAACUCAUGUACACCGGCCGCAUCUCCAGCGCCAAGAUUUUCUCCCGCCUGGUGUUGCUGUGGUACAACCCUGUCACAGAGGACGACACGCGCCUACGACACUGCCUUGGCGUCUUCUUCCAACUCUACGCCCGAGAGAGCAGGGUCCACCAGGAAGUCGUGGAGGAGAGUUUCCUCCCCACUCUGAGGACGCUGCUGAACGCCCCGUCUACCUCUCCACUCGCUGAGGUGGACGCUAACAGUGUGGUGGAGCUGAUGGUGGAGCUGACUCGACCAAGUGUCCUCAUUAAACCCUCCACUAACACAGAGGAGGUUUUCGUCCAUGACUAUUUGGCGGUGCGUCUGUGUGGGGAGAUGCUGAAGGACCCCACGGCCCCCGAGAUCCGUCUCUAUGCCAAGACCUUAAGCAACCUGGAGCUGAGCACAGAUGAUACGGUCAAGAAAGACCUGCAGACGCUGCUGCAGCAGCUUUUAGAGGAGGUUAGAGAUCGCGUUUGUCUCCGGUCUCUAGAAAAGAUGAUGAAUCAACUGGUGGACUCAAAAGAACAGACUGAACUCCUCAGUGCCAGUGCUUUACAGCCAGUGGACUUCAACACUGAUGAGGCUGCAACAGAAGAUCUUUGUAAGUCAGCAAAGAGAGGUAAAAGAGGUCAGAGGAAAGUGUGCACAGCUAAAGGAAAAAAGACGAGCAGCAAGACGGCGUCUUCAGAGGAGAGUGAUGGAGAAAACGUUCCAGUGGUGCGUCCGUCACGCAGAGCUAAAACUGCAGCUCUGGAGAAAACAAAGCUGGAUCUGAACACACUCAUUAACAAGGAAUCAAAUGUGUCGUGAACGAAAACAGCAUUUCUUUGGACCAGUUAUAGGUGCUUCAUUUAAAUAUAUCUUAUUCUUUCUUAAAUAUAAAUGUUGUAAAAACCUUGUCAUGUCCUGUCAUUUAGAUUUCAAACAUUAAUAAAGAUUUUUGUUUUAAAAAAAAC